AUGUCUCCCACCAGUUCCGAAGACGACUAUCAUGAGUUUGGCGACCGCUAUGCUAUUGACGACAUGAGCGACUAUGGCCGAUGGGAAUCAUCACAACAACUUCAGAUAAGACAGGCCUCGCGCUCUGUCACCUCGCCCAUCUCCAGCCCAAGAUACCUCGAUCACGAUUACACAAGCGAAUGUCCAUCGUCAAGUCCCGGAAAUCAUGCCCCACUUACCUAUCGACCACGGAGAUAUGACAACUUCUACGAGGUUCCCUCGCCGAGAGAGCGAGAUCAAAUCGACCCAGUGGUGGGUGAACCGGAAUGGCCUCCGCCUGGAUGGGAAGAGGACGCUGUCAUGAGCGCCCGGGAAGCACAGCGGUUCAUAUGCGAUGGAGCCAAUACCUUUAAUGGAACGUUAGAAGAUGUACCGAAUGCACCAUACCAUUACAAGUUCUUCGCGACUAUUGAUAAUGAGUGCCAGAGUCGAUCAGAUCGAUCCGAGUUUGCUCAUGCGUCGUUCAAGAACAUAUCCAUGACUUUAGCAGGGUCUGCAGAUACAGCGCCACCCACGGCAUCGUUAGAACAGCCAUGUAUGGCACAUUGCUUCGGGAGAUUUCCUGGCACUACGACCCUCAAUUAUCGAGUGAGCAGCAUGGGCACUCUUCAGCCUCCUUUGACCUUUAGGUCAAACACUUAUCCGAAAAAGAUCAGACUUCUGCAUAUCCUAGACCGUCUGCGGGAGCUCGAGAAAGGCCUCGAAGAUGAAGACCCAGAAGAGUUGUACAAAACCUUAUACGACGUGCUUAUUGAGGAUCCAGAUCGACAUACAAAUCCACACUACGGGAUGGAGCUACAGAUUGCCGAUCUAAUCAAUGUUCUCACGAACCCAGACUGGAUAAAUUUCUCUUUAUCAAAAAACCAGGUCGUUGCUAAAUUUUUCGAUUCGCGGGACGCAAACAAGAGACAAAAGUUCUUUCAUCAACUGCUGUUAUCGGUUGAAUUAUAUUUACGGAUUGAGUCAAAACAACAUGACAUGGGUCCAAAACGCAGGGUUCUUCGUCAGCUUCCACCCAAAGUAGCUUGGGACAUGGCUGUCGCACAGCGGUGGAUGGAAAACAUGGUCAUCACUCGAGAGGCGAGUUCCUCGCAUAGGAGCACUUUUAGCUACGACUACCCAAGCAAGACAAGGCAAAAGGAAGCACUGAGAAGGUUUGCUUCAUUACUAAAAUGGCCCAACAUGGACGAAGUCGAUUAUAUCCUGGAAGAGAAAGACAGUAAGGAGAAGCCUCUAGAAGACCGCUCGGCUGAUGCAAUGUCUUGGUUCUCUGGAGUCAUUCUUCCAGGGCCAACCAUGCCCUGGAUUCUUAUGAACACACUAAUAGACUGCGACACGGUAGCCGGCGAUGCCCUUAAAGUUCUCACACACAUGUCUCCCUUCUCUGGGUUCCAAUACCGAGCGAGCACUUAUUGGUCAUAUCAGUGCAUUGUAGGUAAAGUUCUCGGAGCUGCCAGGGGUGUCGGCCACGUAGCUGGAUGGGUCGGACCUUGUGCAUAUGCACCUGACUUGCGCAGAACUGAGUGUGCUAGAGUCCGACAAUACUCUUCACCAGAGCCCAUAAUGACCCCUAGAGAUGUGGAGACCAUAGCGGAACGUACUGAUGCGCUUGGUCCAGAGUAUGACCAAUACCCAGUUGCCGACUAUGACAUUGCGACUCCGGAUCUAGAGGACGUGACGGAUGCCAUCCGAAUCGAGAAGCUUGUUUUCAAUAUUGUGGAAGACCAGUCUCGGUCUACUAAGGUGUCUAAGCAUACCCCCUAUACAUGGGACGCUGCGCUACAAUUUGCGUGUGGCUCGGAAAGUUGGAAGAUGAGAUUGAAGUAUAAUGUCGACUUCGUCACAGCUUUUCCGUGCCACAAUGGACCACACGCGCUAUUCAAUGACUAUAAGUACCAUGCAUUGAAAGUAGACCACGGACUUGUUGACAUCCAUGACUGGGCAGACCAGGCCCGAGGUUCGUAUCAACCUGACCACCAAUCGCCUACCAACGGCCCACCAUUCAGCUCCCUGCAAAGAGACAGAUCACGAUCUCCCACCCAAGAGCCAGCUCAUCGUCAGAUCAACGAAGUCAUGGCAAUCGAAGCAUUCGGCGUCAGCGACAAUGAGGUUUUCGCUCGGUCUUGGUGUGCGCAAUGGGGUCACAGCGCAAUCAUUGCAAAUAUCAAGGAGACUUGUCUAGCGUGCGCGAUUCGGGAGGCUUAUGCUGCGUGCAUAAGCGUUGUCAUUCUUACUGAGGGUGGUCGAGACCAUGAGAGGGAUCAAGGUGUUCAUGUAUGA